CCAAGUCAUAUGUCUGAGGUCCUCAUGACCACUGCUGUAAAUAUCUACACUGAGUAAAAAAAAGUAAGUACACGUGCUGUGUUAGUGGUAAUCAAUACGUUUUCAAGAAGGAAGGCGGAAGUAAAAUAUGAAUAUAUAAAUGUGAGAGCAGAUUCAAAUCUGUUCAGGGGUUCUCCCCGUGUCACCUGUCUGGAGUUUCCUCAUGGAAAAAGUUUCUGUGUCUCUAGUGUAAGUAACGAUAUUGUAUUCGUACGUUGGCCAACUUUGAUGAAUUGCCGGCAUGUAAUCGGUUGCUUGCGAGGAAAUGUGUCACGGGAAUUUCCUGGCAGGGCGGACUCAAAAGUGCAUUUUGGUAAUAGUAAGUUUUCUUUGAUCUUUCGAUGGAUUCGCUGUUUUUGGCGAGUUGAUAAAGCCUAUGAAAUUUCAUUCUUUGUUUUCUGUACAAAUGAAUACCAUCCUGGGGUAAAUUCGUGCGGUUUACGUGACGCUAUUACAGUUAGAACGCCGGGAAGGCGAAUUUCGAUAAUACAAUCAAUUUCCCUGCGCCUUUGGGGCGGUACCAUAUCUACUUAAAACAUCUUUCGCACCUUCAGACAUUUUCGCGGGAGUAAAUCGUGGCAACAUCUUCUCUGGAUUUUGCGUACACAAGACCUUGUGUCCAUGGCCAGACUUGACAACGGAUGGCUUCUCUCCAUCUUUUUGGUCAUCGUGCCAAACACGAAGGGCUAUCUAGCCCAGCAAGGGGGUCCGCCUCCCCCAACUCGUCUCGAGUGCUGUAUUCCCUAUGAGGAGGAUAGCGGCGUGAUGGUGCGGUCACCCAUCCAGUGCGUAUGGGACCCAGGGCCUCCCUCCAAGACCCCCUCCAUCUACACCUUACACUUGGAGUCUGCUGACAACAGUGUGCAAAAGUUCAAUGGGAAUAGUACAAAUGCGUGUAUUCCACCGACGCUGUGGUCCAGCCACAGUGAGCUGACUGUGUGGGUUGAGGCCAAGAACCAGCACGGUUCUGCCUCCUCUCCAAGGUCCACCUUCAACACAGCCAAGAUCAUGAAAUCAGCUACCCCCAACAUCACUCAGCACACCCUGGCGCCUCUGGAGAUAUACUGGGAGUCAAAGUGUUCAAAGCAGGGUCUGUCUGAGGGCGAAUGCAAGGUCCGCCACCGAGUGUUCCCAGGUGUAAGCUGGGCAGAGGUAGAGGAGGGAUUCCAGGUCGUCUACUGCUUAGAAAAUGUCCUUCCAUAUUCAUGGUAUGAGUUCCAAGUACGCUGUUCGUGUCUUGGGAGCUCACUGAGUGACUGGAGCAAAGUGUAUAAGGUGGAGAGCCCAGGAGCAGCUCCUGUUGGUAUGCUGGACGUAUGGAGUGAUUGCCAAUUAUCACCUCAAAGCGCUGAGUGCGCGCUCAUGUGGAAGACGCCUCCAGGGUGGAAUGCUGGAAGUGAAAUCCUCGGUUAUGUGGUAACGUUGUCUCGUUUGAACGGCAUGGUUACCCUGGUGAACGCAUCCACGGUUGACAAGGCAAGCGACCAGUUGACCUGUGACAAGAAGCUGUGCCACCUUAUGGCCAAAGAUGUGACAGCUGUGAAUGUAUCAGCCUACACUGCAUAUGGGGCCACAACACCUGCUUGUCUUCGUAUACCUCUGACAGCACAAUAUAACAGAGGGGAAGCUCUUCAGCUAAGUAUGAGCGCCGAAAGACUUUUAGUGUCUUGGAAUCCCCCUACUGGAUUCAUAAACAACCAAUCGAAAUAUGUGGUGCAGUAUAAGCAGGCUGGACUCCUGAAAACUCCUGCCAAAGGCUUCGAUUGGAUCAGACUGGACAGGACCCAGAUUAAUGCCACCCUGACAGGCCAGUUUGAGAAUUACACCGCCUACCAAGUGGCAUUGUUCUUGGUAUCUCCCUACGGAGCCAGUGAUCACAUUUCAUCUGCAGUUGGAUAUGUUCAUCAAGGAAUCCCUCCCAAAGUGCCCUCCUUUGAAGUGGUUAAAGUCAAGGCCAACAGUGUGAAGGUGAUUUGGAAGCCAAUUCUCCUUCCUCAGAGAAGAGGGGUGAUUGUAUGCUAUCAAAUAGGAUUGGACAGCCAAAGAGUGCAUAAUUUGAGUGAGCAUCAAGGUGAUAAAGACGGGAGCUUUUGGUUGGAUUACCUCAACCCUAGCCAAAACUAUGAGGUUUGGAUCAGGGCCAUCACUGAGGCUGGGCCAGGACCAAAGUCCACAGCAACAUUCAAAACAGAGGGCUUUGAUUUCAACCUUCUGUUUUUCCUGGUUAUAUUUUUUACAUUCAUACCUUUCCUCUUGAUAAGGAAAUAUUCCUGGGUAAUUAAGGAAUGCAUUGGUUUUAAGAAAGUGCCUGACCCAAGCAAUAGCCAUGUUUUUCAAAAGAUGAACAACCAGAUCAACUUUUGCAUCCCUGUGGAGGAGCCUGACCCUGUGCUGUCGCACCUGGAGAUCAUUAAAUACAAGUUGGCCGGAGGAAAGAUUGGACACCGAGGAUCACAGGGGGCCAUUGGGGGUCUGAUGGACCGGGGGGAAUUGGCAGGCGAAGGGAACACUGCUUCUAGAGAGGACUGCUACAGCAAAAUGACAGACUCGGACGAGGACAGAGACGAUAGGCCUUCGGAUUAUGAGAAGCACUUCCUUCCAACUGCUAUUGAAAUUAUGUGUCUUUGAUGGUAAUGCGAUGGUUUGGUGUUGUCAAUAACGGCACAAUUUUUUUUUCUGACUUUUUACUCACUGUUAAAUAUUUCUGGAUUAAAUUGUUUUAUUUUUCCACGUGUGUGAAUGUCUAAAGCGUAGCCAACAAUACAUUUCUCCCUUGACAAACAAGCUCUUAAAAAUGUAUCCAAAUAUGUUGCCAAAAUGCACUUUAGAAAACGGUAGUGUGUUAAACGUGCAUCAAUGGUAUUUAAGUAGGCCUUGUUGAUAGAAGUUUCAGCCUGGCCAAAUGCAACAGUAUUAAUUUUGAAAUAAAUUAAAAGUGGUGUAUAAAAAAAACAGUGUAGGCCUACAUGCUAUAGCCUACAUUGUAACGUGAUGAAGCAAUGGAGUAAUAGUGCUAAACCAAAGACGGUACAACAAGUGUAUUUAUAUCUACUUAGUUCCUCACUCGAUAAUGGUGCUCUUAACAAUAGGGAUGCAAAAAAAUAUGAAUGAUGUUAAUAAUAAUGCACAUUACAGUAGGCUAAUCUAUGCGAAUAUUAGACCUAUAACCCGUGACUAUGUAGGUAAAAGGGAACA